CCCCUCAAAAAAAAAUUUUAUUUUCUUCGCGCUGUUUAUCAUAUAUCUCUUCUGUCGCGAUCUUUCGUUGCAAAUUGUUCGUUGAAUUUUUUGGGAAAAAAAAUUUUUGCCCGCUUGGAAUGUCGAAGGGACUCGAAAAUCGGGCGGAGAAUUCGAUAAAGGAUACCAGGCCACCUGUGAAGGAUUCCGUGCUGGAACUGAGGACGAGAAUGGCACGAAUGAUGUCCAUCGUUGAUAUCACCCCACGCGACAGACGUUCGAUGGCGGGCCAGGAUCCAAAAUUUCAGAAGGAGGCCGCGGACCAAAACUUCGAUUACAUGUUCAAGCUGCUGAUCAUUGGGAACUCGUCUGUUGGUAAAACGUCCUUCCUGUUCCGCUACGCGGACGAUUCCUUCACCUCGGCCUUCGUAUCGACCGUGGGCAUCGAUUUUAAGGUGAAAACGGUUUUCAGACACGACAAAAGGGUCAAGCUACAGAUCUGGGACACUGCAGGUCAGGAAAGAUACAGAACAAUAACGACGGCCUAUUACAGAGGCGCGAUGGGCUUCAUCCUAAUGUACGAUAUCACGAACGAGGAGUCGUUCAAUUCGGUGCAAGAUUGGGUAACGCAGAUCAAAACGUACUCGUGCGACAACGCCCAGGUGAUCUUGGUCGGCAACAAGUGCGACAUGGAGGACGAAAGGGUGAUCACCACCGAGAGAGGCAAACAAUUGGCGGACCAACUGGGCGUCCAGUUCUUCGAGACGUCGGCCAAAGAGAAUAUUAACAUUAAGACGGUGUUCGAGCAGUUGGUGGACAUUAUAUGCGACAAGAUGAGCGAAUCCCUGGACAAUGAUCCGACCCUAAUCGCGGGCGGAAUGGGCCAGGCGAAGGGUCAACGGCUCACCGACCAGCCGACGAAUCCAACAGACGACAAUUGUAAUUGCUAAGAACGUGGACGCCCAUCUACGAUCGCUAAUCCAAGAGAGAUAUUAAGAAGAACGAUAAUCGACGAGAAGAGUAAAAAGAUAAGGAGAAAAAGAAGAAGAAAAAGGAGAAGAAGAAGAAGAAGAAGAAGAAUAAAUAUUAGAAGAGAAACGCGUGUAUGUCUAUAUGUACAUGUGUGCGUAUGAACGCUGUAUGCGUAUGUGACCCGUGUGUAUCCAUAGUGUAUACAUGUAUGCGUGUGCAUAGAAGAGAGGAGAAAGCGCGAAAGAGAGGGAAGAGGAGGAGGAGGGGAAGGAGGAAGGUCGAGCGAUAAACACUUCGGUUCGCUUUGCUUCUUCUCGUCUUUGUUUUUUUCCGGCCGUUCUUCGUUCCGCUCUUCUUCUUUCCUCCUUUCUCGAUCGAUAUAUUUAUAUAUGUACACAAAAUAUUAUGUAUAUGCGCAAGGGCGAACUGCGAAACUAUCGAUCGAUUGUUCGAAAAAUUUCCUUUCGAUAAUUUUAAACGAAUUCUUCUUAUUUUAAUUUCGAAAAAUAUCUUACUCGGAGAUUUUAUUUUUUUUAACGAUUUAAAUUUCAUUCUCUUCGACUCGUUGUUUGUUUUGAAUUUACUAUAAUACGGAAUGUUAGAUAAUAUAAUCCGAGUUAUAUUCGACGUUCACUUGGAAAAUUAGAGAAAAACUCGAGUUUUUUUUUAUAUAAUAAAUCUCUCUUUUUUUCUUUCUUUCUUUCUUUCUUUUUUUUUUUUUUUUAAUAAUCGUUUUGACGUUCUCGAAGAUCGAUUCACUGACUUACUAUUUAUUAGUCACGCGAUUCGCCCUGUAUAAUACAUAUAUAAAUAUGUAUGACGAUUGUAGCCUGAUUGCGCGGAGGUGUCAUCGAGCUAAUCCGAGUCCGAUCACGAGCAGACGUUACAGUUUUUGUUUUUGUUUUUUUUUUUUUUCCUUGGGUUCGACGGGGAAACUCGAAAAGAGGGAUUUCAGGAAGAUGAACAUUUGCAAAGAGCGAAUUCUGACGAAUCCUGAAUCUUGAAUUGUUCGUGACAAGAAAAAGAAUAAAAAAAAAAAAACGCGUUUAAAUUUACCGCCUUUUUCGCCCGCUGAUUCUUGUCGCUUGUAACUUUUGAUUUCCAAUUUCUUUCUUGCACACAUUCGCUCGGUUAACAUUUUCUUAAAAAAAAAAAAAAAAAAAAAGAAGAAAAAGAAAAAUUACAAUCAAAUUACAUCGGGAGAAGGAAUUCGUAUUUUGAAAAAUUAAUCAAAUCUCUCCAAGUUUUUCGUUUUCUGCUCGAUUAAUCGACGUUAAGCUGGACAAUAAGCGAAAGAAUCGUUUGAAGUGAAUCGAAAAAAAAAAAAAAAGGAAAGAAUUUUUCUCAAAGGCUCGAUUUCACUUCGAAUGAGACAUUCGAACGAAAGAUAAGGCGGAUGAACAUUCGAACGAGGCAGAACGUGAUUUGUCCCUUCAGAGACAACUCGAGAGCGAACUGAUUCAAGGCGUCAUCUUUUCUUCGAUCUCCUUCCCGUUUUUUCUUUCUUUUUUUUUUUUUUUUUUUUUUUCUUCUUUUUCCACCCUCCUCUCCCUGGUCAGUUCGUUCCGGAUCUCUCGAAUUAAAUUUAUCGAAAUCCCCCCUCGAAGGAGUUCGAUUCAAUUUCGAAGAAUUGACAAAACGUUGACGACUUUAAGCGCACCUUAAAUCGAAGAUCUGAAAAUUCUCGACCGGGAAGCGAAUAAGGAUUUGGCACCGUCCACGCUUGAGAAAUACACACACAUAUAUAUAUUAAAGAAAGAUACGAUUAAAAUAAAAUCCGCGUGGAGGAUCUCUGCGUCACUAAAAUCUAUCACUGACUCGUUUCCAUCGACAAUAUAAGAUCACUUUUUUUUUUUCAAGCGUGUUCGAGGCUUCGGCGCCCCUACUGUCGACGCAACAACGACGAGUUAGGGCGAUUCUGGUAACGAGAAAAAAAAAAAAAAAAGAAAAAAAGAAAGAAAGAAAGAAAGAAAAAAAGGAUAAAAAAAAUUGAAAAAAGAAAAAAAAAAGUCGAAAUAUAUCUGUACGUGUUGUAUUCUCAAUUGGCGUUUCCUUUCCCUUCUCGUAAGGGGGGGGGAGAGGGGGGGAAGCGUGCUCGUGUUUUUUUUUUUCACCAAGAGGAGGCUGAUUCUCCCUCGAACCGAAUAUUUGUUCUCGACUACGUCGAUCCGAUGCACAAUCUUUUAAAUCUUUUCGAAUCCUCCUUGAUGGCUCGUUCAAAGCUCGAGCACCUGAGACGAUGUUAAUAGAAAUUGUUCGGCGACGGCUGAAGUACGUUGGCGUACGUGGACGCUCGAAACGAGGCUCGUCGUCUCGUGGAUCUCGAGAAAAAAAACGUUCAACACCUCGGCGUCUUCCUCUUCUCGGGAGGAAUUCAUUUUUUUCCCCAUCUCGAGACGAUAAUUUCCCAAUUCGAGAAAAUCGAGAAAUUUUUAAAACGAUCGAUCAGCUGGGGGAGCUUAAACGUGGCGAGAAUUCGUGUGAGAUUAAAUAAUAUUCUCAGGUGAGAGAAGAUUUGUAAUUCUUUAACAAUGCGUGUGAUUAACGCUAAAACGAAUAGCAAAAAUUAUUGGAAAUUUUCUAAGAAGUAUUAUAGCAAAAUUAUUCCGUAAAUAAUUAGAGAGAGAAAGAGAGAGAGAGAGAGAGAGUGAGAAUGAGAGAGAGAGAGAGAGAGAGAGAGAGAGGAGAGAAAAAAUUAAAAGCGUAAAGAGAAAUGGAAAUUUGUUAAAUUUUGUAAAAAAAAUUAGGAAAUCGAGGAAGCAAGGAUUCUUUCUUGUUGUUCUCCCAAUUGUUUUACCAAUCGCGUGACAAUAAGAGGAAGAAUUUGUUUCGGAUCGAUCGGAAGGUGGGGAGCAUGCCGGCCAUUUUGCUUGCUCGCGCGUCGAUGCCCUCCCCCCAUUUCUCGAAACGAUCUUAACGAUGAAUUACGAGGCUCGCACGAUAAAACAGAGAGAAUCGAUGUUCGUUGUUGGCAAACUUUUUUAUCGACGUUCAGUGAACGAGUCGCACCCAUAGAGGAAUUUACUUCCGAGAGAGACAACCAUCCCGGCAAAGAUAUACUUCGUAUUCGCGUGUCACUUGUGGACAAACAUCUAUGUUUGGAUGUUUGGAAAAAGCAAAUUACGGGGCAUUCAAUUGAUUUUCUUCGUUGUAAUAUGUAAUGAAAGGCUUACAAAGGCCGAGAACGGUGUUUAUUUUAAGAUUUUUUUAAGCGUUCCACGAUAUAUAUAUAUAUAUAUACACACAUACACACACUGUAUUUUGACCAUGAAUAGAUAUAAAAGGAGAGGAGCAACAAUGCGCGCAUCGAUAUUUGGCGUCAAUUAUCAUUGAAAAAAAAAAAAAAAAAAGGGAUAAGCGUCCAAUCCGAUUACUUCAGUCGUUGCUCGGCGUUAAAAACCUACUAGGCAAGCUGCCCUCUGUACAUAAAGAAAUAUAUAUAUAUAUAUAAAUACCUAUUAUAUAUUAUAUAUAUAAAUAUAUAUAUAUAUUAUUGAAUCUGUAAUGAAAAGUGUACUGUAAGCGUUAAUUAUUUCGUGUCAACUCAGAUACGAUUCACUAAGUCGCGGAAAUGCAGUCUGCGCCAUUGUGUAAUCGAGAAUUAAAGAAACUAUAAGAGGAAAAAAAAAAAAAGGAGAAAAUGGACAAAAAAAAAACGAAAAAAAAGAAAAAAAAGGAAGGGAAAAAAAUUAUCUAUCGAUCGAAAAAUUGUACGAUUGUAUCGAUCAAUGAAUCGGAGAAAAAUAAAACUGUGCUGUUAA